UGUUUAUUAUUUUUUUAAAAAUAUUGUCUUAUUGAUAUGACACUCAUACCAAUCUUAUUUCAUAAAAUGAGGGAAAAUAGACCGUGCAGAUAUUGGCAAGCGUAGAAAUCGUAUUGCCAAAAAAAAAAAAAAAAAAAAAAAAAGAAUCUCCACCUAUUAAAAGACUUAAGGAUGAUAUAAAAUAUUGUACACAAUGAUACAAGCUCUAUAUUCUCCGUUCAUGCGUUGAACUAUUAUGGCGUUAAAAGAAAAAGCGGGGAAUUUCAAACGGAGCGGAGAACAUGCUCAUCAGACACAGACUAAAACAUUCGACUCAUAUAUGUCUCCGUACAGGUGCCAAUACCGUAUUUAUUUAAAUUCACUUGCAACAUAAAACCAACCGUUUUAUAGAAACAUGAUAAUGUUACGAAUAUCUUUAAAAGUUUCCUCUUCGGUCAUAUAGUUCAGUCCGUUUUUCUCAUAAAUGUGCGACAGUUUAGAGAGAUGCGCGCUCCCGCGACAGGGCACUCGUUUGUCGACGUAACACCUGCGUAGUGACUCUUUCUAAGCCGUGAGGUUUCCCUCCGCGCUGCUCACACUGCUGUGUAGACAUGUCCUCCGCUCUGUCUCGUCAUGUGAUCUGGCAGUCCGAGGGGCUGGUGGCCUACCUGAACCCCCGGCCCUGGACCCCGGGCUCCGUGAUCCUGGAGAGCAGUUCUCCGGGCGGCGCGGGAGGCAGCAUCUUCCACCUCAGCGAGUCCGAGUGCUCCGCCUGGCUGCUGGGGGCGAGGACCGUCGCUGAGCUGCUGUGUGACAGGCUGGGUGUUCGGAGGUGUGCUCUGGUCAGCAGACCCCACAGAGACAGACCUGCUCAGAUCCGUGUCCUGCCCCUCCACGGUCUGGACGCAGAGUGGCGCCCCCACCUGGCCGGAGAAGAGGAGCACAACGCUCACGACCCGGGAUACUGCACCUCCAAAACGGCUCCUCGAUGGAGCGACUCCAGCCUGACUGACGUUCAGAACCGGAUCAGGGCGAGGCUGCCGCUCCCCGACGCGCCGCCCGACCUCACGUUCCUGGGCGACGACCCGGCUCACGCCGGCCUCUUCUCGCGCAUCGUCCGAGGGGAGGAGAAGCAGUGGCGCGUGUGGGAGGACGAAAGCCACGUCGCCUUUCUCACUCCUUUCCCCAACUCCCCCGGCUUCACCGUGCUGGUUCCGCGGCGACCUCUGACCUCUGACAUAUUCAGACUGCAGAGAGGAGACUACGAAGCGCUGGCGUCGGCCGCCAGGAAGGUGUCGCUGCUCUUGGAGGAAGGACUCGGCGCCUGGGGGGUGGGGCUCAUUUUCGAGGGCUUUGAAAUCGACUACGCUCACGCCAAGCUGAUCCCGCUGCUGUCACCUUCGCCGUCAGGGGAAGGAAACGGAGCCGCCACGCCGCGCUCCCCGCACUUCCACCCCACUUACCCGGGUUAUGUCACGUCAGAGGACGGGCCUGAAGCGGACCCGGAGAACCUGAAGGAGCUGCAUGCUAAAAUUACUGAAGCUUAAUGUCGCUGCGUUCAACUCAAGGUUUUUUUUUUUGUUUGUUUGUUUUUUUUGUCCAAUCACAAAACUGUGCUUGUUUUCCGUCAGCCAAGCAUGUAAAUAAUAUAAAUCAUCAAGCAAAUGUUUUAUCUUUCCAUCAAAAACAUUGAUGUUUUUUAUUCAGAAAUCUGAUUAAAAUAAUGUGAAUAAUAACAUUCCAGUAAAUUAAAAAAAUCUUCACAAAUGAGACUCCAGUGUAUGUAUUCUAAAUAACUUCUUAUUUAAAAUAAAUAAAACAAAACUCUUGGUAUUGAUUAUACAUUUUUAGACAAACU